UUUGCGCUUGACCGUCCAACUGUCAAAAUAGUCGCAGGAACCCUCUUCGUCAGGAAAGUGCUCCGCAGUUUUUCGUUUAUCGAUUUUGUCCGCUCCGGAAGUAAAAAAAAAUGUCCUGCGUCGUGCCAACGUGCAAGGCGACCGACGGCAACCUGCGGCCCUUUCCGCAGCAUCCGUCGCUGGUGCAACGCUGGCAGGAGGCGAUCCAGCUCGGCUGUGGCGCUCCGCUUGAGCUGCCCGCGACGACGACCGGGCUGGAGAUUUGCCAGUGGCACUUCCGACUUACGGCGCCCGAGGGGGAGGACAGCAAGCUGGAGCGGUACCGGGAACCGAGCUGUUUCAUCACUGCUUCGGGGGAAUAUUCGGACGUGAGCAGCUGCCGGAUGUGUUUGAACUUUUAUCCGACGGCCACGAUGGUGUCCAAGGCUGGCAUACUUGGGGACAACGACAUUACGUACUGCGUGUACGAGCUGAUGAGUAUCAUCUUUCAGGAUUCGGAUUUUUUGGAGAUGAUUUGCCAGGAGUGUUUGGUCCGGUUGGACGUGAUGAGUUCGAUGCAAGUUUUCUUCGCGACUGCCGAAGAUGCGUUUCAGCAGAUUGUUCAGCUAGCGGAAGGACGGGGUGAUGAGUCGCAAGUUGAAGACGGUGAGGAUGUUAAGUUUGAGGGUCAGUUCAAGGCGGAAACUCAGGCGAUUGUGGAGGAGGUGAUUGAGGAGAUGCAGGUUGAGGUUGGUACGGCGGAGGAUGUGUUGGAAGAUUUCGUUAUUGAUCAUGAGUACAGCAGUGCUGGUUGGAGUACGGAAGAGGAAGAUGAGGGGCCAAAGAGGGAGAUUGAAAGAAGGGAAGCUAAACGAAGUAGGAAACAGAAGCAGAUUCGGCGGAAACUUAAGAGAGAACCGGAAAAUUUUGAUGAGCCUGCGAAACCGAGGCGUAUUCCGAAAAACGAACCGAAAACAGCUACCGUGAAGCGGGAUAAGAACGGUCCCUCGUCGCUGAAGGCGGUUCGGACUAGAAAAUGCUACAUUUGCGUUCAAGUUCUCACCGAUGCCAACGAGUUGAUGUCCCAUCUGACGGAGGUGCAUGCCCCAACGAAGGACUUUCACUGCAAAGAGUGUGGAGUUGACUUUCCGCAGGUUAUUACGUUCAAUGUCCAUCUGAGUCGUCACGACGAAACCGAGAGACCGUACAAGUGUGAGGUAUGCCCGUUAAGGUUCGGUUGUCUUAAUUCCAAAAAGGUUCACGAACAGCGUGCGCACGGAAUGCAUCCGAACUUUGAGGUGCCCGCAAAGAUCAUCAAUCCGGUGGUGUGUGAACAUUGCGGUCGUGUAUUUGAGAACAAAACCUGCCUGGCGUCUCACACGCGGGCCAAACACAAAAAAUCAGACAAUGUUCCGACAUGUAACAUCUGCCGGAAGACGUUCACGGCCAGAUCCAGUUUGAGCGGCACAUGCUGUUGCACAACAAUGAAAACCAUUUGCCUGCUCACAAUGCGACAAGACCUACCGGAGGAACCUGGACCUAAAGCACCACGUCGAGCUGGUCCACGAAGGCAAGAACCCGCACUUUUGCGCAGAAUGUGCGCAGUCAUUCCAAAGCUAUCAAGCGUUGUACCUCCACAAGAAGUUUACCCACGGUAAAAAUAACCAAGAUUCGGAUAAGGCCAAAGCCGAGCUGAGACAGCAGCGCUACCUGAGUUGCGCCCUCUGCAAAACGGUCAACAGCACCACGGACGAGCUGACAGCCCACAUCGCGGUGGCCCACCCCAACGAAGAGU